AUGUCAGAACUAGAGCUUAUACAUCCAGUACAAUAUAGCCUAGGCAACGUCUUAUGCUGCAAGAGAAAUACAAAAACUUAACCAAAAAUACCAAGACUCACUCAACCAUCGUUUGCAGAUGAGACAAUAUAUGAUUUCAAUCGUUAAAAAUUGACUGAAUGUUAGAAUAUCUAUAAGCUUUAAGUGAUUUUUAUAUAGAAAAUGAAAAAAUUUAAGAUUCCAGCCGACUUUUUACCAAAACCUCAAGAAGAAAUGAUUCGAUGAAGUAAGAUUCCGUAGGAGAAAUAUGCAGGAAUCUAUUUUGAAUCGAAGAGAAAAAUUCCAAAAAAAGUGUCAGUUUGCUGCAACGAUGACGAGAAAUUCAAAGAAAUUGAAUGCUAUGGAGAGAUUAAAUAGGCAAAGCACUGAUAUAAGGGCUAAAACAGUGUUUGUGUCACAAUUGAGGCAGCAUCUUGUGGAAGGAAAUCAUGAGGCAAGGAAAAAGCUGCUGACAAGAAAUAAGGAAAUGGCGAGAGAAAUAAGGUCAAGAUCAGCAGCGCCCAAGUGUUAA